AUGGCCACAAAUGAUGGGGCCCCCAACGCCCAAAGCGGGUCCAGCAACGGCUGGACUGUGGCUCGACUGCGAAGGUCAACAGAGCCGCAUGUCAGCACCCCCAGGACUGUGCCAGGCAGCUGUGCUCACUCCGAUUCCCCAAGCACUACCCACAACAACCACAUUCACGCCAUGGAGAGUCCAAUCACUCCGGCUGCUGUCGGCGAAGCACCCCCCGUCUUCAGAAUCAACCUCUCGCUCCCUCCGUCUGAGCGCUAUGUGGAGCUGGCGAGGAGUUAUCGCGACAGGAUGCGCGCCUUACGCGGCAUGUUCGAUGAGCUGAUCCACGGCAUCUCGCCCAAGAUCCCCGUCAAAGGAGUUCAUUGGCUUGCACGGCUCUCUUUACGCCGACUAUACGCGGACGAGGAAACAGACGAGCUGCAUGGGAUCAGUCGCGUCACGGACAUCGACAUGUACCUUCUCAUCUGCCUGAAUACGGUGCUUGACCUCCUCAUGGGCUGUACGAGUGGCGGCGUGCGCACCAAAAGCGGAUCGCAGCUCACAAUGCUUCACUUCCGGACGCUCGAUUGGGGCAUGGACCCGCUACGUGAUUUGAUCGUUCAGCUGGAGUUUGUACGAAACGACGACCCGGAGAAGGUCCUUGCGACGAGUAUCACGUACGUGGGAUAUGUCGGCGUGUUGACGGGCGUGAGACAAGACCUGAGCAUGUCACUUAAUUUUCGCCCGGUUCAUGACGAAUCGCGGAACCUGGCUUUCUACACCAAUCAUCUGCUCGUGCUCCUUGGAAUGCGGCAAUCGGUUUCAUCGUUAUUGCGAGAAUGUCUCUUCUCUUUCCCGUCCGAGCCUCGACCGAGGAAAAACCCGCUGUCGACUUUGGAGCAGAUCGUGGCCCAUGUCCCCAGCAUGCCGACAACGGCAGUGUAUCUCAUCUUCAGUGACGGGAUAACUACGGUCACCAUGGAAAAAGACCACCGAACUGCGAUUGUUCGCUCCUCGCCCUCAUUCAUCAUCGUCACAAACCAUGACCAGCAGCCUGGUUCGGCGUCUCCGAAAGCGGUUGCGGAUGAGAAGAGGAAGAAUCAUGUGGGUCUGUCGCUGAUCUCGCCGGAUGGACAGGUCAUGGCCGAUCUGAUCGAGGACAGCAACGAGAGACGUGAUUGUAUGCAGACGCGAUGGAAUGAAAAAGUACAACAGGCGAUACAUGCUAAGGAAGAUGCUCUGAAGAAGAUUACAGCGCAUAUCGAUCAGCUGGAUCAGCCGCAGGGCAGCCGGUCGUCAAUGCGCUUGCGGAAGAAACGAGAGGAGGAAGCCGAGGAAGCGGAAAGGCUACGAGCAUCUAUGCGAGUCGCUGCGGAUGACUCGGUGGCUGUUACCAAGAAGGAAGCCAUCUCCUGGCUGACAACAUUCCCGGUCUUAAACGAAACCACUCACUAUGCCACUAUCAUGGACCCAUCCAAGGGCAAAGUGGCUUGGGUACGACGAUUCGAUCCAGACGAAUGGGAAGAGGCCAACGAAAGCGCAAGUGACUCAGGCGUGGUUAUCUUGUAG